UAUUCAGGUCGCACGGCUUCCAAUCAGGCGUUUGGUUGGCCGGCAUCGGGUCCUUCCUCCUUUUCCUCGUCCCUGAGAGGCUGAUGUCAAGAUGAACGACACAGUGACAGUCAGAACCCGGAAGUUCAUGACAAACCGGCUGCUUCAGAGGAAGCAAAUGGUUGUCGAUGUCCUCCAUCCGGGCAAAGCCACAGUCCCCAAGACUGAGAUCCGGGAGAAGCUGGCCAAAAUGUACAAGACCACCCCUGACGUGGUGUUCGUCUUCGGCUUCAGGACACAGUUUGGUGGCGGCAAGACGACGGGCUUCGCCAUGGUCUACGACUCUCUCGACUACGCUAAGAAAAACGAGCCCAAGCACAGACUGGCCAGGCACGGUCUCUAUGAGAAGAAGAAGUCCUCCAGAAAACAGCGCAAGGAACGCAAGAACAGAAUGAAGAAAGUACGAGGCACCAAGAAAGCCAGUGUGGGCGCUGCUGGCAAAAAGAAGAAAUGAGGUGUCUGUUUACAGUGAGCCUGGAGAAUCAGGGAUGUUCCUCGUGCUCAAGAUGUUCUUGUAUAUUGUCAUCGAAUAAAAAAACUUUGGAAAAAAAA